UUCGGCGGGGCACCGUGUUGUGAAAGACAAAUGUUUCCUCAAUAAAUGGUUAGCCCAAAUGUGUAUUGUGAUCAUUGUGUCAUCCUUACUGCCGUAGUAUCAUUUCCAGUAUGAGUCGUUUCUUUGAAGACAAAGAUGUUGCUAUCAACUAUCUACAAUAUCGACCACAUUAUUCCACGGAGGUUGCUGAAACUAUCGUAAACUACCUCGCUGAAUAUAGGAAGAAGCCAUUUGAGACUGCCCUUGAUAUCGGCUGUGGGUCUGGCCAAUUAACACGGUCCUUGUCGCCUUACUUCAAUGAUGUAUUGGGUGUUGACAUUAGUCCUGCGCAGAUAGGUGUUGCAAAGGCAGCUCAAAAUCCCCAGAAUGUGUCUUUCAGUGUUGGCAAAGCAGAAGAUUUACCUGUUGCCGACUCCUCAUUGGAUCUUAUUACAUCGGCCAGUGCAAGCCAUUACUUUGACUGGUCAAUAUUUCCCAAGGAGGUUGAUCGCGUCCUUAAACCUAACGGAUGCCUUGCUGUCUUAGGAUUUCACCAUCUUUACAUCGACCAUCCAAAUGAAGCGAUAAGGAAGAAACUGGAUGACUGUAUUGAGUCAUAUUUCGACUACGAGAACAAUGUACACUUGAAGGACUACUCACCGAUCCAGUAUCAACAUACAAAAGAUGGAUACAGCACUUUACAAGUGCCGUUUGAUGACCAAAAAUGCGUUAACGUAGAAUUGCAAUAUGAUAUCUCGAUUACGGAUUAUAUUGAGUUUACUAAAACUUAUGCCGUUGCUGUUGAAUUCAUAAAGGACAACCCAGGAACUUCAUAUUUUACUGACUUUAAACAGAGCAUUAUGUCCAUUCUUGGCGCCGAAGAACCCGAUGUCACCAUGGUGAAGUCUAAAAUGCCUGCCUUUGUAAGACUCGCGAGAAAACCUGAUAAACAUUAAUUAAACAUCUUAAUUUGAAAAUAAUUGCAAGCUCUAAAUUUCAGCCGUCGAGGCCAUCCAACAGCACUUUUAUUAAUUGUGGGAUAUUUGUGAAGAGAUUUGUUUUUGUUAAAUGAAGAAUUAAAUAUGGGUGGUAACAUAUUAUUGUUUAACUGAUAUAUAUUAUUGUUUAACUGAUUAACUUAUGUUUCUAUAUAUGUUUUACAAUUUGUUUUUGUUUGAUGGAAGUGAAAUGAAUAAAAUUGAAUUGAAUUGAAUUGAAUUUUUUUUUAGAAUGUUAUUGUUAAAAAGCAACUCAUCUGUGUGAGAUCUCCAGCACAUGUGGAAAACACGCAAUGCCUUCUUUUGUAAAAGCAAUAUUCUAUCUAGGUAGGUUGAGUGUGUAUUUCCCCCAUAUUUGGGGAAUUGCUCCGUAAUUUAAAUAUGGUAAAAUUAAUGUUGAAUAAAGCAUUUUUAGGGAGGAAGUUGGAAGAAAAAAAAUAUCUUUGUUGAUAAAACCAAUAUUUUGUGAUAUUGUACGACAUAUAAAGUCAAUGUGUGUUUUCCAAGAUAAUUUGUUGUCUAUUAUGAGACCUAAAAAUUUUGUUGUAGUAACAACUUUAAUGUCUAUAUUGUCCAAUUUAAUGUUAAAUGGCAAUUGUUAUAAAGAAUUGCUAAAAAGCAUGCAUUUCGUUUUUUGUACAUUAAUUGACAAUUUUUUAGCCCUAAUCCAAUGUACCAAUUUAUCCAGUUCAGUGUUCAGUACAUUGAUUUAAAUAUCGCGGCUAGGAUGAGAGUAGAGUACAUUUGAAUAAUCUGCAAAAAGGACAUAAGAUAUUUCAGAGGAGUUCUGGAUGUCAUCUAUAUAGAUUAUAAAUGAAAGAGGGCCUGGGAGGCUGCCUUGGGGAACACCCAGUUAACAUUUUGUAGUGAAGGAUUUUGUUCAUUUAUGCUCACGAAUUGUUUACGAUUUACGAGGUAGUUUCUGAACCACUCCAA